GCUCGGAUCGGCGCGGGCGCGGACGCGGACGCCGACGGCUCUGGCGACACCGACGGGUGGGCGGGCGCGGGUCGGGGCCGUCCGUCCGCCUCCGUGUCGCCCUCCGCGGUCGCCAUGGCCUCGGUGUUCGGAAAGCCCCGCGCGGGCCCCGGGCCCCCGAGCGCGCCCCUCGAGGUCAACCUGGCCAUCCUGGGUCGCCGCGGGGCCGGCAAGUCCGCCCUGACUGUGAAGUUCCUGACCAAGAGGUUUAUCAGCGAAUAUGACCCCAACUUGGAGGACACCUACAGCUCUGAGGAGACCGUGGACCACCAGCCCGUCCACCUGAGGGUCAUGGACACUGCAGACCCGGACACCCCCAGGAACUGUGAGCGCUACCUGAACUGGGCCCACGCCUUCCUGGUGGUCUACAGCGUGGACAGCCGCCAGAGCUUCGAGGGCAGCAGCAGCUACCUGGAGCUGCUCGCCCUGCAUGCCAAGGAGACACAGCGCAGCUACCCAGCCCUCCUGCUGGGUAACAAGCUGGACAUGGCCCAGUACAGGCAGGUCACCAAGGCCGAGGGUGCGGCUCUGGCUAGCAGGUUCGGGUGCCUGUUCUUCGAGGUCUCCGCCUGCCUGGACUUUGAGCAUGUGCAGCAUGUGUUCCAUGAGGCGGUGCGGGAGGCGAGGCGGGAGCUGGAGAGGAGCCCCCUGGCCCGGCCCCUCUUCAUCUCCGAGGACAGGCCCCCCACGCACCAGGCGCCGCUUACCGCCCGGCACGGGCUGGCCAGCUGCACCUUCAACACGCUGUCCACUGUCAGCCUGAAGGAGAUGCCUGCUGUGGCCCAGGCCAAGCUGGUCACUGUGAAAUCAUCCCGCGCCCAGAGCAAGCGCAAGGCACCCACCCUCACCCUCCUGAAGGGCUUCAAGAUUUUCUGAGGCCUCCUCUUUGGCAGUACCUGGGUUGGCCAGUGGGUAUAGCUGUGGGACCAGGCUGGCUUGCGAUGGCAGACUUUCCUGCUGAUGGCCUCAUGGCCCUCGCCCCCUGAUGGACAGCUGAACCUGCCUCCAGCACCAAGCAGUGUUCCCACACUGAGCCAGAUUGACAGGCUGGGAUGCUACUGUUAUAACCAUCAGAUCUUUGUCUCCAUGGUAACCACUGCAUCUAGGACCCUGGAGGGAAACAGCCAUUGCUACAGCCCAGAAAUCUGGGGUUUGCCCUAGCAGGAAAAAACUGGUAUCCACUCUGCUGCUGUGAUCCCUGCUGCUCCAGCUAAGGCCAGGAUAGCUGUGACCCAUGGUGGAUGGACAACUCCCAGAGGCCUGCAGGAGGGCUUGGCAUCACCUGGCGUGAGGCAGAGGCAGUGCAGCUGCUUAGAAGUUGGAGCCUGGCCCUCUUGUCCUCUUCUGACCUCACAGGAGCCCCAGGCAACAACCCUAGUGUAUCCAGGAAAGAUCCACUUAAAAUAAUCCUAUGGGAAAGCUGGAGAGGGCCAGGGGUCCCAGGCAGAGGUAUUUCCAGUGCUUUGCCUUUCAGGGAGGGGAGAAGGGCACCUCCAAUGGGCUUUUACCAGGAUUCAGGGUCCUCUGUCCCCUCUUUGUUAAGGGCUCCAUCUGCAGACCCUCAGGACCAGCCUCAAGUUUAAUGGCUGAGGCUGCAGAACACAGUUGUCCUCCCCAGUGACACUUCCUGGGCCCUAAUCAGCCCAAAGCAGGGGCAGAUGCCACCUGCCAGCCACCAAUGGCCCACCCAUUCGUAGGUAGAAACGGUGUAGUCUGUAUUGUGGUUUGGCAGGACUCAUGACCUUCAGCAACAGAUUUGAGCUUUCAAAGCCCACUUUUUUUAAAAAAAAAAGCACUGGGGAUCGGACCCAGGGCCUUCAGAGUGAGGUACAUACUCAGCUUUUUUUUUUUUUUUGGUACCAGGGAUCAAACUCAGGACCUUGUGCUUUCGA